AUGGCGUACAAAGUUGCCAUUUUUCUGGCGACGCUGCUAGUUGGGAGCCUCGGUCUCCCGAAGCCAGAGUUCGACGUCACCGAUUUUUACGGCCACUCGGACCCCACGGGUCGCAUCGUCGGCGGCUCCCCGGCCGCCAGCACCCCCUUUAUGGUGGCCCUCUCCAGCGGUCUGCUGGUGCGCAACUUCCUCUGCGGCGGCUCCCUGGUCGGCGCGCGCAGCGUCCUCACCGCCGCCCACUGCAUCAACGCGGUCUUCUCGGGCGGAUCGCUUAGCAACACGCUCCGCGUCACCGUCGGCACCAACCGGUGGAACGUCGGCGGGACCAGCUACAACGUCGCGAGGAACAUCUCCCACCCGAACUACGUGCAGGCGACCAUCAAGAACGACAUAGGCCUGCUCAUCACCACCGCUAACGUGGCGCCCUCGAACAGCGUGCGCACCAUCGCGCUGAACUACGACUUCAUCGGCGGCAACGUCGCCUCCAGGGUCACCGGGUGGGGCAGGGUUAGGCAAAACGGGGCGCUUUCCGCGGACCUGCUGCAGCUCCAGAAGAACACGAUAGACGGCGCUCGCUGCGUCAGCGAGGUGGCGCGGGUGGCCAACCAGCUGAACAUCAGGGCGCCCGCCGUGGAGCCCCACAUCGAGCUGUGCACCUUCCACUCCCUCAACCACGGCACCUGCAACGGCGACAGCGGCAGCCCCCUGGUGCGCAUCGACCGCGGCCAGCAGAUAGGCAUCGUCUCCUGGGGCCUGCCGUGCGCCCGCGGUGCGCCAGACAUGUUCGUGAGGGUCAGCGCCUACAGGAGCUGGCUCCAGUCGAACAUCCAA